AUGUCGGACCCGCAGCCGCACACGUCGGAUAUCAAGCACGCGCUGUCGACCUACGCACAGGAGAUGUUCCAUUACACGUUCGGGCUGUGGAUGGAGGUGUCGAAGCGGGCGGAGGCGACGGCCGCAAGCACCGCGACGAGCAGCGAGGCCGGCAAGAGCGGCGAUUGA